GUUUGUAGACAUUGCUAAGGGCAAAAGCGGAGCUGGUCUAAAUAUGAACAUCUUCAAGACUUUACUCAUAUGCACAGUCCUUCUGUGUCUUCACACAUUGAAGCAGAAAUUCAGAUUUUAAUUAACCCAGUGAAUUUGCCUGAAAAUAUGCUUCCUGGAACACAGCUAAGUCGUUCUUAUGAUAAAGAUGUGGCUGGAAAGGGAGAUGUCUACCGUUUUCUGAAUAAAACAAAGGAUUUUGUCAUUGAUGCCACUAUGUUAGAAAUUGAUGAAGACUAUCCAUUAUUUCAUUCCAUUUACAGAGUGAUGGCCACAGAUGAGGACUUCGCAAAUGGUGAUAGGCUGAAUUACACCACUGAGACACAGUUAUCUGGACCAAAGAAAGGAGCAAACUCCUUUGGAAUGGAUCCUAUAUGUGGUGUUGUUAGUGUAAGAGGUGCAGAUCCUUUGGAUUUUGAUGCUGGAUAUCAUGUUUUCCAGCUUGCACUGAAAGCAACAGAUACAACAGGUCUGAUCUGUCAAGGGACACUAAUUAUCUUGAUUAGAACAAAUGAUGAGAAGCCUCAAUUUGAGCCAUUUCCUUUGGAUGCUAUUAAUGUGACUGAGAAGAAAUCUGUUGGAGAAGUUAUAGCAAGAGUAAAAGCAACAGAUCAAGAUGAAGAUAGCAGUAUUAUUUAUUCAUUUAAAACUCAGCAGAAAAUGUUUGGUUUUAACCCUUUCACAGGAACAAUCACUCUUCUUCAGACUUUGAGUCUUGACAACCCAGGUAACUCCAAAACCUACUCUUUGGAAACUGAGGCAACAGAUAAUGGAAAUAAUACCAGCAGCUAUAUGUUUACAGUUUUUGUGGAGAAUGUAGAUGAUCCUAUUUCCUGUGAUCCAAGUUUUUCAACAGGAGCAGGUAUUUCAGUGUCUGUUCCUGAAAACAUUCCUGCAUCUGCUUUUAUAUAUAAGAUUCUUUCAAGAGAUCCAGAUCUAGGACAGAAAGCUGAAUUUUUGAUAUUAAAUUCUUCAAUUAAUGCCACUGCCUACUUCACUUUGGAUUCACAUAAUGGUGUCAUUUCUAAAACCACUGAACCUCUUUUGGACUAUGAAACAAAUCCUAAGCAUUUCCAUUUAGUGAUUGCUGUGAGAAACAGACAAAACCUGUCUCUGGAGUUAUGUGUUGGCACCAUCAAUAUCAACAUCCAGAAUGUCAAUGAUGAGAGUCCUGUUCUUAAAUAUAUACCAGAUGCACCUAUAAAUAUUUAUGAAAAUCUGCCUGUUGGAACAAAGUUGAUCAAGUUGACAGCAAUUGAUAGAGACAUAGGGGACUUGGUACAUUAUGAAGUUAUAGGGACACAAAAAGAAUAUUCUAUAAAUGAAGGUAUAACAAAAUUUUAUGGUGAAUCAUUUUAUAAAAUAUAAUAAACAGUGUUUUUACUACUUAA